AUGGAUCUUUUCUGUCUCAUCUUCGGUUUCUUAUCAGCCCCUCUAGGUGGCACUACCGCUGGAGGAUUGAGAGAAACCCAGCGCGGAACUUCUGUCGUCAUAUGCGGCCGCGGAACUCGAGAAGUAUUCAUCAAAACUUUCACGACGUCUGGAUUUCGUGAAACCCAGACAAGCUGCAACCAACAUGACUGGAAUAAAAGGGUCUCUUCUCAUCGCCAGGCCCUAAUUGCUGCCAGCAAGCCCAAGUCGCGGGCUGCGCAGGCAGUAGAUACUUGGAUACCCCACACCCUCGAGCUUCAGAAGAAGGAGGAGUCAUGGUCGAUUGCUUCUUACGACAGUCGUUUGUACCCCGGCGGAUCUCUCCAAUGCUUGGGGAAACAGAACACUCAUGUUCUCAAGAGGAAGAAAAAGUACAGCGACCUUAGAACCCGUUACCAGAACCUUCAAAGCUCCAAGCAACAAGUCGAAAAGAGUCGCGUCAGAUCUGUCUCGAUCUCCCAGCUACCGGCCGUGAGUCCUAUUCCAGGCGAAAACGAGUCUGUUCUGGUACUGUUCCCAUCUUUUGAAUCGGCAAACAUCGAAUUCGGCAAACUCGGCCAGCUUCUCGAGGUCGAAAGAAAGCUGGCACAGUACAAAGACGCGGACCAGGACCAAGACGAAUGGGGUUUCGAUAGUGCGACUGUCGACCAAGUCGACUGGAUCAAAGACGGUCACAAAAACAUUGUCACCUACAAUACGUACUCCGAAACACACAUCAUUCAGCAGAUAUACGAGGGUCUGGACGACCUGCAUGAUGAGGACUUCGCAACUUCCAUCAAGUUUUCUCGAGACCUGCUCUUUAGCAACUACAAAGAUGGUAGCUAUAAGAAGCUUGACUGA